UUGUGAGCGUCCGAAGCGGUUGUUCAGGAAAGAGUCGUCCCAGGGUUUCGAAUUACUUGUUACAGCCGGGGCAGAUCCGUACCUUGGAGAGAGACGCCGAAAUGGUAUCAGUGACGAAAGCAGGGUCCGACUGGCGCCAGAUAGGCCUACUUAACCUGCUGCUUGUUGCUUCUCUCAGUCGAGGAGAAAUCUACGAGACGCAGCAGAUGGAGCAGAUCGAGGAGUACAGAUCCGAGGACGUGGAGAGAUGCGUCAGGUCACACUGCUCCGAGGCUGUGCUGAAGGUCGCCCUCGUGGUCAAGUCUACGGCAGUAAAUAUUGAGUACGAUGCCGGUUUUUCGCAGGAGACCAUAGCCUCCGUGGACAGCUGGCAUAAGCUGAGCAUCAAACACGUCACUCCUGGAUAUAAGCAUAAUCUCCAAGUCAAGGUGGACAACAAAACAGUCGACUUCAACCUUACUGGCAAAGGCAUGUGGUUCAGCACAUCUUACUCUUAUGAAAAAAUUAUCCUCUCCGCUAAGGGUAAAGUGGAAGUUGUGGAGUGCAACGUUCUGGCCACAGCAGGUAAGCCGAUAAUAUGCCUCCCUCCUCCCUCUCCUUCUGCUGCUGCCUCAAUUGUCCCUCUUGCUGCCGCUGCCCCAACUGUCCCUCUUACUGCUGCCCCAACUGUUCCUCCUACUACUGCUGCCCCAACUGUCCCUCCUACUGCUGCCCCAACUGUUCCUCCUACUACUGCUGCCCCAACUGUCCCUCCUACUGCUGCCCCGCCUCACCCAACAACUACCGCUGCCCCGCCUCCCCCAACUUCCACCGCCAUCACUCCUGAACCUUAUCAUCCGCCCACAAACAAAGAUAAAGUCACGACGGCGGGUGUGGGCGGAAGCAUACCGGAACAGCCCAUGCACCAGCCACCCAAUCCCACGGCGGAGCUCCCUCGCCCACCGGCACCUACGAAGGAAGACGCUGAGGCAUCGUGGAUGUGGUCGAUGGGCGGCGUGCCGGUCGUGCCCCUGACGAUUGUGGCGGUGGUGGUCCUGGCUGUGUCCAUCACCCUGUGCGUGGUCUGGGGGCGGAAGAGGAGCCAGGCCAAACACAAAGCGACGAAGGCUGCGCGGCUUGAAAGCAUCCGACACACAGAUUACCAGGUGGUAGACACGAGGGAUGAAAUGGAAGGGUACAAGGAGGGACCGAGGAAAGACGAGGGCGUGGUCAAGGAUGCCCGGCUUAACCAGACGAUGGACGACUCUUAUGAACCGGUAAUGAACCACGGGGGUCCUCUGACCACUUUCAGCAACAGCGGCAUAGAGAACCGUCAACAUUGAGGAUAGGGGGAGUCAAGUGAGACAGUUCUUUAGGAAAGCAUCUAUGGAGGUUUGGAACAUCGUGCAUUUCUAACAUAUUUCCUAGUUCCUAUAUAUUUUUUACCUCGCCAUCUUUUAUUUCUCUCUCGUAAGAGCUUAUUUCACUGACUCUCAGAUUAUCCUUUUCUCUCUUCGUCUUUUACGCAGAUUUAGUUCAGUAUUCACGCCGAAAGGCUGUACUAUAGAAUAUCAUUACUUCUACCUCGCAUUUUACAUUAUGCACUGCCUUCUGGUUUGAUAUAAUGUUUACAAGGAAGAUCUGUGUGAUCUCAAGUAAGUAAGUAGUGUUUCGUGUAUUUUAUGGCGCUAGUUUAUGUGUAAGAAAGGAGUUAGCCCGUUUGUUAUGCAUAAUCAUACUUCGGUGUUUAAACGUAAUGUGAACAUUUUGGUGUAAGAAAAUGGUAAAUAUGCUAUUCCACGGUAUAAGUAUAACCUGGUAUCGCAGACAACCAUUUUCAUUUCAGAAAGACUUAUAGUUACAUAUACAAUUGUCAAGCUUGUACCCCCCCCAAAAAAAAAAAGGGAAAAGGGGGGAAAAAAAUGUGUGCUACAUUCUAUUGAAUACGCUAGCUUGCAUAAACAUAGCUCCCAUAUUAGGCUAAGGAAUGUUCCCACGGGUCUGUCAGCUUAGUAUGCCGGUGCGUAGAUGAUAGUGUCAAAAGGGAAUUUUUUAAGAAAUUAGAGAAAGUUUGUGUAAUGUAACAUAUAGAAAGUGUUUAUUGUUUCAUGGUAUUUGAACUUUUGUAGCAAUGCGUAGAUAUGUCUGCGUAGUUCCAUGGACACAUAUAUUAUAAAUUAAUAUGCACAUGUAUAUACAGACACGCACACACGCACGCACGCAAGCACGCACCUACGCACGCAGCACGCACGCACGCACGCACGCACACACG